UUAGUCAUCAACAAUUUGUCGAUUCCUACAACGAGCAUAUUCUUUCCUCUUCCCCAUUCAUCACCCACUCCUUAAACUCCCACUAAAAGCUAAUUAAACACAAAGCCAUAACUAAACCCCAGCUAAAAACUCUAGCCGCCAUGGCCGGCAGCACCAAUUUCUUCCUCUUCCUCCUAACCCUCUCCGUCCUCUACCUCGCUUCCACCUUCCCCAAACCCGGCCCGCCCAUCAAAACCACCAACCUCGUCGUCUACGUCCACGACCACUUCACCGGCCCCGACGCCACAGCAAUCACCGUCGCCGGCCAGCAGAACCCAGCCACCGCCGACGCAGCGCCGCCCGACAGCUUCAACAUCCUCCGAUUCGGGACAAUCGCAGUUGUUGAUGACCCGGUGACGGAGGGGCCCACGACGGAGUCGAAGGAGAUCGGCAGGGCACAGGGGGCUUACAUAAAUUCCCAAUUCGACGGGAAGGGGCUGUACUUGGUCUUUUCGGUGAUCUUCACCGGCGGCGAGUUCGCCGGGAGCACGCUGGAGAUCCAGGGAUCGGAUAUUUUCUCCAUGAAGGAGAGGGAAUUUGGGAUUGUUUCGGGGACGGGGUUUUUUAGGUUCGUGAAAGGGUAUGGGAUUAUGGAGACGGCGUUUAUGGAUGUGGCUAAUCUCAGAGCGAUUAUCAAGCUUAAUGUUACUGUAAAACACUAUUAAUUAAGCGAAGCUUGCGUUGGGAUGUAUAACUAUGUUAUUUUUCUGUUAACCGGCCGUCAUCGUGGUAUGACCGCCGGAGACCGGAGAACAGCAACCCUGAUAUUUGCCGUUUGCGGUCCCUUUUCAGCUCAGAGUCAAUAUAUCGCCUCACAUUAACACUAUGUUUGGGAAGAGGUGCAAAUGGGAGGAGGAUGCAAACGGGAGGGGUAAAUACAUUUUCCAAAAUAUU